CUCUUCUAAAAUUCGCACUCCACUAAAAUUCCUGUCCAGCUGACAAACACGAAUUGUUCAUAUUUUCAUUAAAACUUUAUUUCAAAAUGCGAACAAAAACUCGCCUCAAAAUUAUCUCUUCACAAAAAUGAACAAUUCUUCCUCCUCCUCCUCCUCCUCCUGGAUUUACCAAACCGACCAAAUCUGUCCCUCUUGUUCCAUAAUCUUGGGCCAUGACACCCCCACAUUUUUCGCCAUCCACUCCGUCGCCAUCGUUCUCCUCACGGUGUCAAUAUUAUCCUGUUUUUCCGUCCUGAUCAGUAUUUGGCUUGACUGUCGAGCCAGUUUGACCUCGUUGUGCGACCAAUCGUCACGAUUUCCCUUCUUCAUCGCCACGACAGACGCGAUUUGGUGCAUUUCCAAUUUGUGCGACCAUAUUUACCUCGUCACCAACAAGACUUGUCCAUCCGAGGGGGUUAUCAAUGUUAUGGGUGCAGUGAUGACGUUUGGGUUAGGGUAUCAACAACUCAUGCACGCCGGUCUUGCUGUCGACAUGUAUUUCAAAAUUUGCAAAAAUUACGCCAUCCGGGCCGGACUGGGUGAAUGGAAACUCCACGCUUUCACGUGGGCGAUGAUCACUGCGAUGGUCACCGUCUCAAUUUACACGGGGGCAUUUGGCUGCUCUGGAUUUUGGAUUUACAACAACGUUCAAACCCAAAGUGGUCACAUGCUCGCCGCCUUUAGCGCCCUGCUCGGGGCGACGCUCUGUUUCGCCACGUCCGCGAGCUACAUCUCCAUCAAGAGGAUGGUCGAUCGCCACGAGCUUGAAAAUGAGGGCGCCGUGAUUCACAACGAUUUCCACGCAACCGCGACCCACUGUUUGACCACGUAUAUCGCCAUGUGCUUCCUCGUCUACUGCCCCUUGUCGAUCGCGUACUUGGCGUUUCUCCUGGAAACGGCGUACUUCAAGGUUAUCGAAACCACGACGGCUUUGGUGGUCGUCGUGUCAGCCAACUCUCUCGGAUGGGCGAACGCCUUCGUCUACUUUUACAACAAGAAGGUCAAGUUAAGGAGAAAUGGUGAUAAUAAUAAUGUACUGGAAGAUGGUGAUGUUAGUCGAAAACGAGGAGUGACAACGUCUCCGUGUCGUUUGAAGAGAUGUAUGUUUAGCCGAGGUAAUGUUGGUGGGGGGACGAGGGGAAGGUUAUCCGUGGCCACGAUAAAUAGCACGAUUGGAGAGGAUAAUGAUGAUGACCAUGGCAGGACGACGUGGUAUGAGACGACUGCAUUUUAAAUUAGAUACGGAAACUUAUCCAAGACACCCCUGAGGCCACGAUUAAUCAAACGUGCGUUACGAAAGGUCAAAUUCCCGAACUACUCGAGUGCAUUGACGAAAUCUGCGUCUGCUACAAGACUGGAAUUUGGGCGGUGAUAAAUCUCGAGGAGGAAAAUGGAGCCUGUGUCAGCCCAAAUGGGGCCUGGUGAGUAAGAUAACCUCUUAUCGAUCUCAGCUAAAAAUUGUGUGCCCAGUUUUUGCAGGUGCAUCCACUGGGAAAUGAUGCUACGAAGGUCCUCUCCAAAUGCGCGGGUCGCGGAAGGUCCAACCCUCCCGAGGAAAAAUUACCCCUGCUUUGUGAUCAUGGGCGUCUGCGUCGGGGGCAGAGGACCUGUCGCCAAAUCCAAUUUGACACAUGCCUCGAAAUGCUUCGUUAGUGGGGUGAAUCCCACUUUUAGACCAAGUUAGACAUCAGUCGUAAUUAGUCGAUGAUGACAAUAUCUAGUUUUACACAUCAAAUAAAAAAUUAAUUGAUUAUCAUUUUGAAUGUAAAUACUUGGGUCUGUAAACGACAUAUCUCAGACAUAAAUUAAAUUAAGCAGAUCAAAAUAACGUGCUGCAAACUCUGUAAUGUAAAUAUUCCUGGAAAUUUAUUUGAAGUUGUUUCGCAAAUUUACUCUACAACUGGACAUGCUCCAAGAUUAUUUUGUAAACUACAGAUAUUUGCAAGUUGUAAUGUGAAAUACGACCUUGCCGU